AUGUCCCUGAGUCCAAAGCAGUCCACCCCCUUCUCGGUCACGGACAUUCUGAGCCCCAUGGAGGACUACCGUAGGUUCGGCGCCAUGGAGCCCGCCGGGGGGAGCCUCGGAGCCCAGCUGGGGGCGUACCGGCACCAGCAGGUGUCCCACGCCGCCAUGCAGCAGCAUCAGCACCAGCAUCUUCAUCAGCACCUGUCCUCCUCUUCCUCGGCUGCGCUGCAGGGCCACGGGGGCUCCUACCAUGUGACCCACGGGGUGCCACAGUUCUCCGGUUCCGUGGGGGGGUUCUGUACCGGAGGAGAACUGCCGGCCUACCAGGACUCUGUGAGGGGGGGCGGCCCGGCGGCGACCUGGUACAGCGGCCCGGAGCCGAGAUACACACAAAUUUCCAGGCUGGUGGGCUCCUCGGCAGGCAUGAACAUGAGCGGCCUGGCGGGGUUGGACGGGACCGGCAAGGCCAUGGUGAGCCUCCACGCGGCCCCCAGGAGGAAGCGGAGGGUCCUGUUCUCUCAGGCCCAGGUCUUCGAGCUGGAGCGCCGCUUCAAGCAACAGAAGUACCUGUCCGCCCCCGAGCGGGAACACCUGGCCGGCCUCAUCCAUCUCACCCCGAACCAGGUGAAGAUCUGGUUCCAGAACCACCGCUACAAGCUGAAGCGGCAAGUGAAGGACAAGGCGGCCCAGCUGCAGCAGGACGCGGGCGGCCUGUGUCCGGCGGGCCGCCGCGGCUCCUCCGCGUCCUCCUCGCCGCUCCACGCCAAGACCGUCAAGCCGAACCGGAGCGACUGCAGCGGCUCCAACCGGACCGCGGAGCGCCACUGCAGUUCGGCGGAGAACCUGACAGCGAGCCAGCAGCUGGACGAACCGGACCAUAACCAUAACCUGUCUCCGAGUCCGCCCCUGGGCCUGCACACGGACACGGGUCUGCUGGACUAUGCCGGCGGCAUGGUCGGGUCCAAUUUACUCUACGGCAGGACUUGGUAG